AUGACAUUAAUGCCUGACGAUACCACCUCCAAAGCGGACAAUGAUCUGCUGUCCCGCUUGAAUGCUCUCAAGAAAUCCACCGUGACCUUUGACCAAACAACCUCUCAGUCACCACGUCCGCCCGGUCCUUCGCCACCCUUCGAUGCUGCUCCUGCGCGCGACCUACACUCGGAAUUGUUGACGCGAUGGAAGUCUCUCGGAGGCAAUACUGCCACCACGGGCGGCGAUUCAGCCACGACCUCGGCAGAGAAGGCGGAAGAUGACAAGACGGUAGAGGAACUCCUUGCGGAUCUUGGGCCGUCAGACGAAUGGGAUGUCGGGAAGAGUGAGGAAACACAGGUCGAGGAUUUGCUGAAAUCUGCAAAAUCUGCGCUUGACAAUAAUCAUAUUCAAGAAGGCCAACAAGCAGAGUCAAGGGAAGGAGACGAUACGAGACAAGAUCCUGCUCGACUACCUGCUAUCGACAUUUCCGUCUUUCAGCCCGAACCCCAGUCUGACGAAGAAGAUUCGGUCGCAGGUAGACGUGGCAAGAUAACGAAAGCAAACUUCGAUCAAGAGGCGGAUGAGUUACUCGCGAGAAUCCUGGACGAAGUCAAACUUGAACCUCCAGAACCAGAAGAGCAAGAUGAUAGACAGGACGAUGACAAGGACUCGGCGAGAGCCAACAACAAGGACGAUGCUCAUGGAACAGAUGGGGUUCAAGAAGGGCUGCCUUCUCUCGAUCUACCUUCGACCCCGUCUAAGGAUCCCGAACCUGCACCUAGCGCUGACGAGCACGACGAGGACCAGGACGAAGAUCUAGCAAGUCGCUUUGCAAGUCUUUCACUGCCUUCAGUACCGACCACCAUUCGGAGCACCAAAACUUCUACUCCGAAGACAAAAUCGGGCGCGGGGACAGGUUUCACGGACGAGGAAAUCGAUACGUGGUGCAUCAUUUGCAACGACGAUGCUACGCUGCGCUGCAUCGGCUGUGACGGUGACCUGUACUGCAACAGUUGCUGGGUCGAAGGUCACCGAGGCGAGGACGCGGGUCUCGAAGAACGAAGACACAAAGCCAUACAGUUUGUCAAGGGCGGCGGAAAGAAAAAAGCACCCAAAAGGAGAGUCAUGAUGGGCGCUUGA